UCUUGCCCACAGAAAAAGAACACAAACCUUGGCAAAGGUCGAAAGACAAAAGUCUGUGUUAAAUAUAACCCUGAGCAAGCUGAAAAUCAUGGCAGACACUUUGCAGCUGAGAGCUGUUCAGAUGGUAAAUGGCAAAUAAUAAGGUCCAUCCAUCAAGAGUGGGGUGAAGAAUCCAAGGUGCAAAAAGCCGAGUUGACCCUACAUUCUAAGAGCAUCGCUAGAAGCAGAUACGCCCAUCUUAUAAAAAAUGAAAUGUCUUGCUGUGCAUUAUAUGCAAUCAGUGUCAUCUUGCUCUGUAUUCCAACGUUAUCUAUAAGUCAGCGUAGAUCACGGAAAGGUAGUGUAAAUAGGUUUGCACCAUUUACUUUGGCUUAG